UCACCUUCGACAUCACUGAAGUGCAAGACUGCAAAACGAAACAUAAAAAUAAAAAACGUUACGAUGAAGACUCCUAUAUUCGUGGUUAUUUUCUUCCUAAGUUCAAAUUUUGCACAUGCAAAUGGAAUUAAUUUGGACCUUAAAAGUGAUAAUAGCCAGCCACCUAGCUCGCCGACCAACGAAGUAUACCAGAUUGGCAUCGACUUGGGAAUAAUCAACCCUGAAAAGUAUCCUUUGGAAGCGUUUGAGCAUGACGACCAAAAUGUCUUCAAAGAUCUUUACAAAGAAUACCUCUCGUUGUACGACGACCAGAUUGAUUAUGAGGAGUGGCUUAUCAUGAAUAAUUUCGGCAUCUUGCCAGAUACCCAAGAGUCUCUUUUGGAGAAGAAAUCAAAUGUCACCAGGUCAAAUAACAAGCAGAAAUUCCUCAAUACUGUAAGGACAGGCGAUAUCUUGAUAACGGGGAACGGAAUCGGAGGUCUUGUCGGCCAUGCCGCCAUCAUGACCACUGACAACUGGGUGGUGGAGAUGCCGGGAGGCAAAGGCUGGCAGAACGGCAUCACAAGCAAUAAUAGACGGAUUAGCAAGAGCGCUUGGUAUGAGGUCUUCAAGGCAGGGUGGACGAACGUGUACCGGUGUCGUAACAACGCUGCCGCCAAGGAAGCGGCGUCGUGGGCUACUCGAAGGUACUUUAACUCAAAAGGUGGCAACACGAAGAACGUCCACAUCACUUACAAGAUCACCACCAACACCGCGGUCGUGAACACCAGCUACUGCUCCAAGCUCGUCGUGCAGGCCUACCACUACGGAACUGGCAGUAGGAAGGUUAUUGACACUAGCAAACUUAACAAGAUUAUCGUACCCACCACUGUUCCUUCGUACUUUCUAUCUGGUUAUACAUUACGAAACAUUGGAAAAUUCUAAAAAUAGUUUUAAGUAUAACAAUUGUAAGUUAAGGUAUAAUUUA